UUGCGAUUUUUGAGAUCUACUUCAUCUGAUUAUUCAUGCGAUUGGUUUUAUGCUGUUUGUUUCAUGAAUUCAACUUAUUUUUUCUUUCUCAUAUAUGUUAUCUCAUGUUUUUAGUGAUAAUUUACAUGUUAUAAACUUAUAAUUCGAAUGAAUUUCUGGUAUAACUUGUUAAUUCAUGUUUGUUUGUUUCAUGGAAGUAAAUGAUAAGAAAAUAUAUGUUACAAUUUGUAGAUGCGCAUAUUUGUUUUCACUUGUUCUUGUUUAAUUUCAUCAGAUUAAAUUUUCAAGUGUUGUGGCUGGAAAUCAUCCCCGGGCCCACGGGCCUGGAUUGAACAGAGUGGAAUAAUGAUUAAACUUUUCAGUUUGAUUUCGCUAAGAUCAAGUGAAAAGAAGCCAGAAACUGUAUGCAGUAAUGGCCUACGUUAUGUUCUCACCGAUUUCUCACAACUCAAUCAUCCGAACCAAAAACACAGAAUCAGUAAGGUCAGAUCAUACUCUUCGCAGAGCUUCUUGUAUAAAGGCAAUGAGGAUAGAAAAACCUUUGGAAGAACUUUAUAACAUUAGAGUGGAAAGAAAAGUAUCUUCGGAACGAUUAAAAGAGCUUGGUGUUUCAAGAUGGUCGAUGUGGAAGACUGGGAAAUGCAAAUUGCCUUGGGAUUGGCAUGUGGAUCAACUGGUUUACAUUGAAGAAGGAGAGGUUCGAGUUGUUCCAGAAGGGAGCAAACACUAUAUGAGUUUCAAGGCAGGUGACCUUGUGCGAUACCCUAAGUGGUUUGAGGCUGAUCUGUGGUUCAAUGACUUUUACCAAGAGCGUUAUAAUUUUCGAGCUUAUGGUGAUGAUUAGAUUUGGUCUUGGGCUGGUACACGAUUAGAUUUUGGUCAUACUCUAUUUUUGUAACUUGUAAUCUCAUAGGAAUAGUAUCUCCCCAUUCAGUCUCUGUUGUUGUCUCUGGCUCCUUGUAUGGCCAUAACACAUCCUUGAAUGCAAUAACUUAAUGUAUUUGCUUCAUCAAUUCUAGUAAGCCGUUGUUCAA